CGGCGUAAUUGCAGGGAGGGAUGGGCGGAGCGCGCGCGGAAUGUGGAAGAGAUCGCGGCCGCCGCCGGGUGUUCUCCGCGAGAUUCUUGUUCGCGCUCGCUUAUCAUCGCCAUCGCCGGGAAUUUGUGGAGCUUCCCUUCCAGGCAUUGAGGUAACGGCUCCAGUCAAAAACAGAUCCCGGGGACUUGGGUCGUCGUUUCUCCCAGUGAAUGGGAGAUUUUUUUCCGGUGUCGCCGAAUAAGAUGGGUUUGGAGGCCAGAGCAGUGGUGAUUCCGGGUGGUAGCAGCGGCGGCAGUAGCAGUAGCAGUAGCAAUAGCAAUAGCAGCGGUGCUUCUCCGACUUCUCAGCACCAGUGGGGGGAGAGUAAUUGUUUUGGGGGAUGUUCUACUCCUCCGGGCCUGUCGUCGGACUACUCGUUUGCCGAGACCGAGAGCAGCGAGGAUGACGACUUCGUGGCGGGGCUGGCUGAGCAAAUGGCUCAUUCCAUGCUCGAUGAUAGUGACGAAACUAGUGAGGUAGAUAACGUAGAUAGAGUUGGUUUGUGGGGCGAAAGUAGCUGGAAUCCGGUGCCGCACCAGCCGAUGGGAUCUCCAACGGAGUUCCGAAAGUGGUCUGCCGGGUGCUGGAGUUCUGGAUACGCCAUCAACAGUAGCUCCAGCUCCAAGGUUUCAUCUCAAGUCUCCUCGCCGCCUUCAACUCCUGGAGGAGCUGCUGUUGAUGACGGGUGGGAUUCGGCUAUAGGGGCCGACAUGAGCAGCAACAGGUUUCAGCAAGUCGAGGAGUUUGUUUCUCCUCGUGGAAGUCAUUUGCCCGAGGUGCAGUGGAGGCAUGGCGCUGCCGGGAAUGGGAAUGACUCCUCCUUGUGCGUCCUUGCCAAGCCUUAUGCCGCUGCUGUGCAGAGGGGGUGGACGCAGAAAGAAGAAGAUCGAAGUCCUCUCACUCAGUGUCGAGGCUCCAAGCAGGCCGCACCAACCUGGAAUCGGCAUAACAGGGCCCAGCCGCAAGCUCCGCCUGCGGCCCCUCGCUCUACAUAUCGGUGUGGAGUAACUCCACGUCCGGUGGGGCAUUGGCCGACACUGCCCCCAGCAAAUGGUUCUGUCAUGCGUGCCGUGUUUCUGGGAGGAACAGCAGACAGGUCCUCCACCGGAACUGGAGUCUUCCUUCCUCGUAGCAGCAAUGACUACGCCAAACGCAAAUCAUCCUGCUCGAGCGUACUUCUGCCGUCGCGGAUUGUCCAAGUACUGAAUCUAAAUAUCGAUGACAUGCGAUGUUAUCCGUCAGUGCAGCCUGGGACCUCUCCUCCUGGAAGCGGUCCUACACUUCCCACUGGAGGUGUUGAUGCUGCCAACUUAAGCUACCCCGCGGACGAAGAGUGGCCGCCAUCGAGCAGCCAAUGGAAAACUUACACCGCGUCGUGCUCCCAUCUCCACCAGGCCUCGGAGUCGACGCUUCCCACCGAGUGGAGCUACUAACUUCCAUUCUAUAGAGAAGACUGGUAAGAGGAGUUCUUUAACAGAUCAAACGAGGACGAUGAAGCGAGAAAGAAUAAGCAACGAUUGCUCUAGAGGUAACUGCUGUACAGUCAAGUCUCAUGACCAAGUUGACCCGGCCAGCGUAGUAUCAUCAUAAAAAAAAAAAUCUAAGCAAGCGGUUGGAUAGAGCUUGCUUACCGGGAAGAUAUUUGCAGUGAUUUUUCCUUUGGGAUUUGAAUAAAAGAAAGGAGUGGGUUUUAGAAAGCA